AUGUCCAGCCCCGAAUCCACAAAGAAAGACUGGUCAGCAACCCAAUAUCUCAAGUUCAAUAAUGAACGCACCCGCGCCGUCUACGACCUGGUCGCCCAGAUCCAACCCCAUAUCGCCGGGCCAAAGCCACGUAUCUACGACCUAGGCUGUGGUCCAGGAAACAGCACAAAAGUUCUUCUCGACGCCUUCCCUUCUGCACGCAUCACAGGCAUGGAUAGUUCACCCGACAUGCUUGAAAAAGCCAACGCCGAGUUCUCCGACAAAGAAGCCGUGAACUUCGUAUCCGGAGAUCUAGCAACGUUCCAAGCGGAUGAAAAGCCAGAUCUACUCUUCAGCAACGCAGUCUUCCACUGGCUCCGCUCCCCAGAACGCAUACCCACUCUCGUGCGGUUAUUCGAGUCUUUGGAAAGAGGAAGCGUCAUAGCAAUACAAGUACCAGACAACUAUCACGAACCCUCCCAUCGCUCUAUGCGCGAAGUCGCAUCCCAAACUCAGAAGCCUUGGUCUUCUUCUUUCUCCUCGACCGUCAUCGGCGAUCUGGCAGAUACCACGCGCCCUGAUCUCGAUCCUAUAGAGCCACCGUCAGCAUUCUAUAAUGCGCUCAUUCCAUAUGCAAGUCACGUGAACAUUUGGAGGACGAAUUAUAUGCAUGUGUUGAAGGAUGCGGGGGCGAUUGUGGAAUGGGUCAAGGGAACAGGUUUGCAACCCUAUCUGAAUCUAAUUAAGACCCAAGAUGGGAAAAAGGAAUUUUUGGAGGAGUAUGAGAGAAAAUUGAAGAGUGAGUAUCCUGCGUUGGAGGAUGGGAAUGUGCUAUUGGGUUAUCCGAGGUUGUUUGUUGUUGCUGUAAAGAAAUAG